AUGGCAAAUUCUAACAACUUCAUCCUUCUCAUUUCCUUCCUCUCAUUUUCCUUCCUCUCCAUUUCCACCUCAGGUGAAACCGAACAAAAAGGACCAUUCGUCGGUGUUAACAUCGGAACCGACGUUGAAAACAUGCCAUCAACUUCCGACAUAGUUUCAUUUCUUCAGUUACAAAAAAUAACACACGUUCGUCUCUACGAUGCAAACCCCGACAUUCUUAAAUCUUUGUCCGGAACCAAAAUUCGUGUCAUCAUCAGUGUCCCUAACAAUCAGCUUCUCGCUAUUGGUUCUUCCAACACCACCGCAGCUUCAUGGAUCCAACGAAACGUUGUUGCUUAUUACCCUCAGACAUUAAUCACCGGAAUCUCCGUCGGUGACGAGGUUCUUACCACUGUUGGUUCUUCUGCUCCUCUUCUUCUUCCUGCUAUGCAAUCUCUUUACAAUGCUCUUGUUUCUUCGAAUCUUCAUCAACUAAUCAAAGUCUCAACUCCUCAUGCUGCUUCCAUUAUUCUUGACCCUUUUCCACCUUCUCAGGCUUUUUUUAAUCAAACCCUUGUUGAUGUUCUUCUACCGAUUCUUCAGUUUCUUUCUAAAACGGAAUCACCUUUGAUGAUGAAUCUUUAUCCUUACUAUGUUUUCAUGCAGAAUAAAGGUGUUGUUCCUUUAGAUAAUGCGCUGUUUAAACCGGUUACUCCUAAUAAGGAAAUGGUGGAUCCUAAUACUUUGCUUCAUUAUACUAAUGUGCUUGAUGCGAUGAUUGAUUCGGCUUAUUUUUCGAUGAAGAAUCUUAAUGUGACUGAUGUUGUUGUUCUUGUUACUGAAACGGGUUGGCCUAGUAAGGGUGAUUCUAAAGAGCCCUAUGCUACGAAAGACAAUGCGGAUACUUAUAAUUCAAAUUUGAUUAAGCAUGUUUUUGAUCACAGUGGAACUCCUUUGCAUCCUGAAGCUACUUCUAGUGUUUUUAUCUAUGAGCUUUUUAAUGAGGAUUUGAGGUCUCCCCCGGUUUCCGAGGCGAAUUGGGGUCUUUUUUAUGGGAACAUGAGUGCAGUUUAUUUGCUUCAUGUGUCCGGAAUUGGAACUUUUUUGGCGAAUGACACGACGAAUCAGACGUACUGCAUUGCAAUGGAUGGUUUUGAUUCAAAGACGUUGCAGGCUGCGUUGGAUUGGGCGUGUGGACCGGGGAGGGCUAAUUGUUCGGAGAUUCAGCCCGGAGAGAGUUGCUAUAAACCUAACAAUGUUAAGAAUCAUGCUUCUUAUGCUUUUGAUAGCUAUUACCAGAAAGAAGGGAAGUCACCCGGGAGCUGCGAUUUCAAAGGAGUUGCUAUGAUCACUACCACAGAUCCCAGUCACGGGAGCUGCGAAUUUCCUGGAAGCAAGAACGUAAGCAAUAAGACAAAGGAAGUGGUGAACUCUACGCAAUCGAGCAGCGCAGGGGUGAAGUUAAGGUUCAGAACCAUGAAGACAGUUAACAACAUUUUGCACAUUUUCUUGACAUGUCUCUCUGCUUUGUUGUUAGUCCUUUUAUGA